CUAUGACAGGGGAUCCACGUUCAACGUCUUUGUGGGAAAAGGUCAACUUAUUGCUGGGAUGGACAAAGCUCUGGUCGGCAUGUGCGUGAACGAGCGGCGGUUCGUGAAAAUUCCCCCCAAACUUGCCUACGGGAGCGAAGGUGUCUCGGGUGUGAUACCCCCCAAUGCUGUGCUCCAUUUCGAUGUGCUUCUGGUCGAUCUCUGGAACUCGGAGGACGAAGUGCAGGUUCAGACUUACUUCAAACCUAAGAAGUGUCCUAGGACAGUCCAGGUGUCUGACUUCGUACGAUACCAUUACAACGGAACGUUCUUGGACGGGACGCUGUUUGAUUCCAGCCAUAAUCGGAUGCGAACUUAUGAUACCUAUGUGGGAAUUGGAUGGCUGAUUCCUGGUAUGGAUCAGGGUCUCUUGGGAAUGUGCGUAGGAGAGAAGCGCAUUAUCACAAUACCACCUUUCCUGGCAUAUGGAGAAGAAGGAGAUGGUAAGGACAUCCCUGGCCAAGCUUCUCUUGUCUUUGACGUGGUUUUGCUAGAUCUCCAUAACCCCAAAGAUGGUAUUACUAUUGAGAAUCAGCAUGUGCCUGAAUCUUGCGAGCGGAGAAGCCAGACAGGAGACUUUCUCCGAUACCACUACAAUGGCACACUUUUGGAUGGCACAUUGUUUGAUUCCAGCUAUUCACGAAAUCAUACCUAUGACACCUAUGUCGGGAAAGGCUAUGUGAUUGCUGGGAUGGAUGAAGGUUUGCUAGGUGUAUGCACUGGUGAAAAAAGAAGAAUAAUAAUCCCCCCUCAUCUUGGAUAUGGAGAAGAAGGAAGAGGAAAGAUUCCAGGAUCUGCCGUGCUGGUCUUUGACAUCCACGUGGUUGACUUCCACAACCCCUCCGAUUCGGUCAGCAUUACUGUUAACUACAAACCUUCCAACUGCACUGUACUGAGUAAGAAGGGAGAUUACUUAAAGUAUCACUACAAUGCUUCACUCCUGGAUGGCACUUUGCUAGACUCGACUGUUGUGGUAAGCGUGAGCAUGGAGAAACUCUCAGAGGACUUGAUCGUGACUGUGAUUAUAAUGUUCCUCCUCCUCCUUCCUGUUGACGAAAUGAGCCACCAGCAGCAAGUUCUGGGAUCUGGGCAGGUGGUGGUGGGGAUGGACAUGGGCCUUCAAGACAUGUGUGUUGGGGAACGACGAACCGUCGUUAUUCCACCUCAUCUUGGUUAUGGAGAAGAUGGAGUUGAAGGAGAAGUGCCUGGUAGCGCUGUGUUAGUUUUCGACAUCGAACUGCUGGAACUGGUGUCUGGCUUGCCUGAAGGGUACAUGUUUGUCUGGAAUGGUGAAGUCUCUCCCAAUCUUUUUGAAGAAAUAGACCAGAAUCAUGAUGGAGAGGUUCUUUUGGAGGAGUUUUCAGAGUACAUUCAAGCUCAAGUCGAUUCUGGCAAAGGAAAACUGGCUCCUGGUUUUGAUUUCGAAAAGAUCGUUAAAAAUAUGUUCACCAAUCAAGACCGGGAUGGAAACGGUAAAGUUACCGCUGAAGAAUUCAAGUUGAAAGACCAGGAGGCCAGAGAGGAACACGAUGAACUGUAAAGCUAAGAAAAAAAGAAGAGCCCUGAGUUGACCUACUGUUCGAACAACGGGUACUGGAAGAGGUUUUGGCAAGCAUGUUUCUGAAAGGUGAGCACUCAGCCUGCGCCCGCCUGUGCCUAUGUGCUGGUAGGCUGUUAAAAUAGGAAGAGAUUUUCAGUUGGAAUUGUUCGGUAUAUUUGAAAAAAGUGUUAAGUGCCUCGAGAUAGGAUGUGUAAACGGAUCAGGAGCAUACUGCCACACGUGGUGUCGUGAACCACGUGGUCUGUUUCUAUGCUGAAGAUUAGAAGUCAGCAUUGAAUAUCACACCAUCACUUGGAUGGGUGCAUGGUAGGGAGAAAACUUACCGAGUGCUUCUAAAAGAGUUUUAAAAAACUUUCCAUAUCCAAAAUGACUCUGCAGGAGAACAAACCAGCAACUAGUCCCCAUGAAAAUAACCUGUAAAAAUUGUCAGACGUUGAGCCCAGUUCCCAAAAAAACUCUUUCCAGUAACUGAACAAACUCAUACGAAUAUUUGCCAGCAGGAACUCUGAUUUGCAAAUUGCAGAACAUGCAAACAAUAGCUAUGCCAUUGCAAAAUUUCCAUAAGCUGUGAAUUAAAGUAAACAGGCCUUGAAUUGUAACUGUGUAUGUGCUGGGUUUUUACCUUACGAAAUAAAAGCUUGCUACCAUCUGUAUUGUAUUUAAUUAAUAACCUUGACUCUUCUUGCUGGCUGGUUGAAACAGCGAUUCCCAAAACCUUUCCGGUUGCAACCUUAUUUAUAGUUUUGUUAGAUUUUAAAUAUUAGUAUUAUGGGGUCCAAAUACUGUCGUAAGUACAGGAUACAAUUGAAUUUGUGUUGGGCUUCUGCCUCCUAUUUUGGGAAUUGUUAGACUAAGGAGUAAGUACUUAGAGCUUACGCAGCAGCGCAGUCUGGCGUGGCAAACAAACAAAAAGACGGUGAUAGAAUCAAGAAAUAGAGCCAUCUGUUUGUGCCUGCAAAUGUUCUGGCCUGUCCCUCAGUGCAAAACCAGACCUGGGAGUGCUGCUUAGAUUAUGUGAACCCUUGAGACAGUCACCCAGUUAGAUCUAUGGAUGUAGCAGGCUGUUCAAUAGAAAAUACACUAAACAGCCCCAUGUUUGCAGAAGGCCGUAUGAUCCCCCCUCAGUACACUACACGUAAAGAGCACAAAUACGUAUAGUGCGGCAGUGUCAAAGACAAGUAGAAAGGGAGUUGUGUUCCCAUUACAUGCUUUGUGUCUCGUUUCUUGCUUUUCUUGAUCUGUACAUGUGGGUUGUAAGCUCCCUGAGACGCUCUUUUGAAAAACUGGUAUUUCAAUCGGAUGAAAACAUUUUGUAUUGGUUUUUAAUACGGUUGUAACAGAAAGU